UCCUUCCACUUCCUUCCUAAAACACAACCACCAUCUCUGCCAAAACCAAACCAAACCCAUAGACCAACUCACCAGAAACACAAGGCCAGGCACCAACAAUGGCAAGACAUGGCCCCCAAAUCCAUGACCAACCACUCCAAGAAGAGGACUACAUAGACAUGGAGCUGAGCUCACCUGCAGCUGCAGAGGUGGUCACCAAUACAGCAAGCUUGCUUUGCUACACCACAGCCAUGGCAGCCUCCCCCCAGCAGUCAAGGGAGUUUGAGUUCCACAUGUCAGCUCCCAUUGACCACUGGGAGCCCGUGGCAUCACCAGCAGAUGAGCUCUUCUACAAGGGCAAGCUGCUACCGCUCCAUCUUCCACCACGCAUCCAAAUGGUUGAAAGGCUCCUCGAGAUCGCGGCUGACAAGGGCCUCCUCUCCGCGAGCACUGCACCGACGACACCAUACCAGUCGUGCCAAGUUUCACCAGCAAAUUCAUGUUAUGCAAGUGGUGAGCUCAACGCAGAGCAGUACUUCAAUGAGUGCACAUCCGACAGUAUUGCUGCUGCUGAGGUGGAAGCACUAGCAGCAUGCGAAAAGAAGCCAUGGUCCAAGAAGCUCAAGUUCAUCAGAAAUCUCAACCUUGGUCUGAAGCUCAAGGCAUCGAAGGCUUAUCUCAAGACAAUAUUUGCCGCUAAAGCGGGUGAUCCAGAGGACAAGGGUGGUGCACCAAGAGCAAAUGAGUUCUCCACUACCCAUGUCAAGAGUUGGAGGAAGAACCCAUUUGGCCAGAUCAGAAGCAACAGGUACACAACCUCGCCCAUCAGCAACAGUGCCACACUGGUAGGGAAGCUUAAAGAAGAUGAGUGUGGCCAUAGGAGGUCAUUCUCCAGUGUCAUUAUCCGAUAUUCGUCAUCAAACAAGACAUCAUCUGCCUCAUCAUCGUCAUCCUCGUCGUCAAAUUCAUCCUCCUACAUCCCAAGCUCAAAUGACUCUGGUUUGGGGCCAGUGCUCAGGAGGAGCAGCAGUGCAAGCUCGGAGAUGGAUAAUCCAAUCCAGGGUGCAAUAGCAUACUGCAAGAAGUCGCAGCAACUGGCCUCCGUGAGGAAGAGUGCAAGUGAUGCAGGUUUCAGGUUCAUGUCAUCAUCGGUGUCGAAGAUAGCUGCAGAAUCUGAAGAUGCAGAAGACAUUCUUGAGAUUUGCAGAAGACUGUAGUAUAGGUGUAUAAAAUUUCAACACCCUGAUGAUGUUGUACACAUUUGUAUUUUGAUCAUAUGGUUCCUAAAGACAUGCUAUCCCCUUAAAAACUCGGAUAUGUAAGUAACUCUGUCUACGAAUGAACAGCUUCACAAUGUUCCAAGUAGUAUUUUAGCACUUGACAUGGUUGUGGAAGUACCAAAGUGCAGAUAGAAUCCC